CGUGCGCCCAGCUCUGCGGAAGGCGGCAAACUACGUCAGCGCGAGCGCGACGGAGGAGCAACGGGCGAGCUCUGAGGAUGCUGCUCUUUGGAGCUUCUUGCACUCGCUUAGGGAUCCGUUUCUCAGAUUCAAGGAGUUAGAAGUAAGCUUUCAGAUAAGUGAGGCCCCCACAGUGCUGCUUUGGGACUCGGAAGGGGAAAAUGGAACUGUCAGGAAUGAAAAAGAAGAGUUUGCUAGCCAUCAAAGAAAAUAAUAAAAAGUCCAGCACUAGGGCUCCCUCUCCGACCAAGCGCAAAGACCGGACUGAAGAAAAAUCCAAGGAUCGGUCCAAGGACAAACCAGCCACAAAGGAAUCAAGUGAAAAGGACCGUGGGCGUGACAAAACCCGCAAAAGGCACAGCGCCUCCAGUGGCAGCAGUAGCACCAGGUCUCGGUCGAGUUCCACAUCCAGUUCCGGGUCAAGCUCCAGCACUGGCUCCAGCAGUGGGUCCAGUUCCUCCUCUGCCUCAAGCCGUUCUGGGAGCUCCAGCACUUCUCGUAGCUCCAGCUCCAGCAGUUCCUCAGGCUCUCCAAGCCCUUCCCGCCGUAGGCACGACAAUCGGAGACGGUCCCGUUCCAAAUCUAAACCGCCCAAGAGAGAUGAAAAAGAACGGAAGAGGAGGAGCCCCUCACCCAAACCCACCAAAGUUCACGUUGGAAGGCUUACCAGAAAUGUAACAAAGGAUCACAUAAUGGAAAUAUUUUCUACUUAUGGAAAGAUCAAAAUGAUUGAUAUGCCAGCGGAUAGACUGAACCCACACCUUUCCAGAGGUUAUGCAUAUGUUGAGUUUGAGAAUCCAGAUGAUGCUGAAAAGGCACUGAAACACAUGGAUGGAGGGCAGAUUGACGGGCAGGAGAUUACUGCCACAGCUGUUUUAGCUCCUCGGCCAAGACCUCUUCCCAGGCGUUUCUCUCCUCCCAGAAGGAUGUUGCUACCGCCCCCCAUGUGGCGCCGUUCGCCACCACGCAUGAGGAGAAGAUCCAGGUCUCCCCGCCGCAGAUCCCCAGUUCGCAGGCGAUCCAGAUCCAGAUCUCCAGGCCGGAGGCGUCACCGCAGUAGAUCCAGUUCCAACUCUUCUCGAUAAAACACAGGACUCAGCAGCUUUGUUCUUUAAGUUAAAAGUGUACCCAUUAAAAUGGUAUCUUUUUUUUAAAAAAAGAAAGGAAUGAGAAUAGAGCAAAGGGACAGUUGAGAAAUUAUAAAAAAUAGCUAAGAAUCUAUUUACCAGUCCAAGAAAAAUAUGUUAAAAAUCUUUACAAAUCCAGGAAAAUAUGUUGCUUCUCAGACAUGCCAAAAUGGUUUGGACAUAUAUUUCAAUGUCAAAAUGUCUUCGUCCCCUUUCACCUAGCCUGGUAAAUUUUCAUACCCCCACUUUGUUUCUGAUCCUCCCGCCACCCCAAAAUUAUAUUUUGGCUAUUGCAGUGUUGGAUAUUGAGAGUCUGUGACACACUGAAAAUACCCAUUAAAUUCUUGUUAGCGGUACAGAAAAGAUCCCAUAUUAUUAUCUGUUGUUCACUGAACCCAACCCAAUAACUCGGGUGAAGGGGACACUAAUGGUAAGACCUUCUUUUGCCCAAAACAGAUUAUUCAUUUGCCCAGUUCCUUCCAAGAAUGCGGUAAAUCUUUUGCUUUUUAGAAGAUGUGCAAAACACAUGAGCUGAAACAUUUUUAUUUUCCUGACCUCUCGGGUGGGGGGUGGGGGGGGCGGGGAUUUUGUGACUGGAAUAACCAAGGUUCAGUUUCUAAAAGGCCAGAGAAUUCUCAGACUGUUGUACAGUCAUUACUAUAAAGUUUGAUUUUUGUAUAACUUGGUAGCAUCUUGUAGUCAUGUUGUGUUUGUACUUGUGUAGAAUGACAAGAUUAAAUAAACCAAUAAGG